AUGCCGUCUACACAUUCGUCCUCAACAACUGAUGGAGCCCAAGAGCCCCCGGAGCUGCCAGACUCUCACAACUCUUCACGUCAGCCGUCGUACCACGAAACUGAUGUAUCUACCUUGAGUUACAUGUGGCCACAAUCGCAUCUACCCCUCGCGUUUGCCUCGCAGGGUCUGCAGUCACUUGAAAGCAUACAAAGUACCUUGAGUGCUUCCAUGCCCUAUUUCGAGCCUUAUCCUCGUCCUGCUUUUCCUGCGGAUCUUGUCGACCCUUUUGCCAUGUGCCAACAGGCCGGCUCUUGGAGCAACUACCCCUCAGACACUGCAAGUGUAGAGCAGUGUUACGACCUUCAUGCACCCAUACAACGCACGGAUUCAACUGUGAGUGUCGAGGCUGCAAAAAGGAAUUCUCGCGCGCCAGGUCCUGUUGAUUGCCGUUCCAAGACCCCUUGGAAAGGGGACCUGGAUCGUGCCUCCCGCGGCCGCUCCAUUGUUGGCACCGUGGCUCCCCCCACUGAUGCAGGUGUGAAGAAACUGCGCAAACAACUGCAUGGAAGCUCAUCCAGGAGGAGUUCCGUCGCAUUAGCCUCGUCGGCUGCAACUGCUCUGUCUCCUCCAGAUGUCAACGGACGCAGGCACUCGGCCCCCAAAGAGGAAGUCAUGUCCAACGAUGAAGUGUUGAGCUCUGAAGAUGAAGAUAGCCGGCACAGGCCAAAGAGUGCGGGAAAUGAGCCUACUUUUGCUUGCCCUUUUUACCGGAGAUGGCCGACGCGUCAUAUCGAAUGCAUGAGUCGAAAGCUCACGCGUAUCCAAGACGUCAAGCAACAUAUUUACCGACGUCAUUCAAAACCACCAUUUUACUGCCCGACUUGUGCUCAGACGUUUGCAUCGCCGGACCCACGGGACAAUCACAUACGUCAAAAGUUAUGCACGCCAGCAACGGCAUCGUCGGAGCGCAGCAGUGACGGAAUAUCGGCCGAGGUCCAUGAUUCCCUCAAGAACCGCUUCCAUCGGAGACUAAGCCCUGUUGAGCAAUGGUACGGCAUAUGGGACCUCAUAUUCCAGAGAGAAGCACGACCGGAAAAUGUCCAUGUCGGCAGCAUGGUUACAGAGAUGCUCGGCAUGCUCAAAGACUUUUGGAAGAAUGAAGGCCAUCACAUUAUCCCAACUAUUGUCAAACCUGGAACGACUCAGCUCCUUGCUGAUGCAGACCUUCAUUUGUGGAUGACGAAUAUGCUGGACAAGGUUAAAGAUCACAUUGAAGGCGAAAUCGGCAUGGCAAAAGGGACAGCCACGGACGGCGGCACAUGGAGCCAGGCUGACCAAACAAUGGAUAAUUCACCAGUGGACGGCGAAUUCGGUGCGCCUGCGGAAGAUGAAGAAGUCAGUUAUGAGCAAAGUUCGCCCGUCUGGGACGCCACCUACUGUUCUCCUAUUGGCUCGCCUCCCCUCGCAAUGGACGGGCAAGUCGUUGAAUCGUCGGCGGACCUUGGUAGCUCAGGAACGCUAGUUGGAAAACGUAAUCAGCAGUCGUGGCUGCCCCAUUCUAUGGCGAAUGCUUCCGUGAACAGGUUUCAAUGA